AUGGUUGAUUGGUCGGUCAUAUAUUCGUAUUGCGGCCUAGUUUUCAUCUCCUCCGUUACCUUGUUAUUUUGUGUUUAUCUUAUCAAGUACUGCUAUCAACGUUGGCGUGAUCUCGUAGAAGAUGAAGAUAUUGAAAGCGGAACAAUACGACCAUCCCAACUGCCAAUAAACACCUUUGUCAUCAACCAUCUUGUGGUGGCGUUACAACAGACAAACCUUGCUGAACUUAAUAGCGAUCUUGGUGAAAUUCUGCAGGAGCAAAUAUACACUAGUAGUACAUGCAAGAACGAUGACUGCGUGAUAUGUCUUGAGGAGUUCAAGAAGAAAGAGAAAAUCCGAGUUCUGGUGUCCUGCCAACAUCCGUUCCACGGACACUGCAUCAUCACGUGGUUGUUCGUUAAGCGAAGUUGCCCUAUAUGUAGAAAACCCAUCAGAUCUUGA